UCAGACAGAGACACCAAUCUAAAAUUCCAAGUUUUUCCAAUUUAGACGUGAAUCUCCGCUUGAAGGAUUGGAAUUUCUGGGACUCUACGACGGAAUCUGUAAGUUCCGAUCAUAUUCACGAGGAUCUCGUUCUAUCUCCAUAGAUUUUAGCGGAUUGCUAUAGUUUGAUCAGAAGAAGGGUAAUGGAAGGAGAGAAGCUGAUAGAAGAUCGCGGCUUUUUGGCUGCUCCUUUGACCUUCUUCGUCGUCGUCGUCUUCCAGUUGCUAUCUAAGUGGCUUGACCAAUUGAAGAAGAAAGGGUCGAAGAACACGACGGAAUCAGAGCUACGGUCCGAAAUUAAGCAGCUUUUGAGAGAGGCUAGUGCAUUGUCUCAGCCAGCCACUUUUGCUCAAGCGGCAAAACUUAGGAGGUCAGCAGCUACUAAGGAGAAAGAACUUGCACAGUAUCUGGAACAGCAUAACAAAGAAAUUAAUCUCUCAUAUGAUCUGUAUGGAAAGGCUCUGCUUGCUUCAAAGGUUGUAAUAUACCUAAUCUUAGUACUUUGGUUCUGGAGGACUCCGAUUGCCAUUAUCGCCAAGCAACUUGUUCAACCGUUUGGAACUUUGUUAUCUUGGGGAACAGGAGGUCACUUGACAGGCCAUGUGUUGGUUGGGAUCAUACCAUGGCUGAUACUCUCAACCAGAGUGAGCAAAUAUGUGUGUAGGUUCGUGGAGUUCUAAAUCACAUCCCUUAAGAAGAGUGGAGAUCAAUGGUUUGAGUUUAAAGCUGUAGCGUUUUAGGAGACACUUGACUUGAGUUCUAAAUCAACAAUUUUUUUGUAUAUUUAUCAUAUGAAUCUUAAUCUCAAAAUUGGUUUGUUGGAUUUUACUUACAUACAACAAAGUGAUUUGGUUUUCAGA